AGCUGCGGCUACGGCUGCGAAAAACUAGAAUCCGCUCAGCCGGCAUCGAGUGCGCGUCGGAUUGCUUUAACGUUUUACCAGUUCGUGGUACAAAGGUGCAAUCGAAACAGAAAUUCAAAUAAGGAACGCACAAUGGAGGUUCUUCGCUGAGAAAGAAGAGGAGAGAGAGAUAACAUGUGUCUAUUAUUUCUUCGAAUGUGAUAAUAGUGAAUAACGAAGAGACUAGUGAUCGAUCGUGUUCACCAAAACAGUGUUUGCGCGUGGGAGUUUGAAUCGAUAGUUAAAAAAAAGAAUCAAACUUCUUAUCGACCUUCCCGUUGGAAUUAAAAAAUGCAUUUACGGGAUGGUACUUUGGGGGUGACGGAGACCCUUAGAGCUAUAAAAGAAAGCCUUAGAAGAUGUCAUGGCGAUUUGGUAACGACAGGAAGUCCCACCAUCAUGUGCAGUUCGCUACCAUCUCAUUGGAGAUCAAACAAGUCUCUUCCGGUGGCAUUCAAGGUCAUAGCUCUCGACGACGUCCUGGAUGGCACCCAAGUUACCAUCAAGGCUGGCAAUGACGAAAACUGUUGUGGCGAACUGAGAAAUUGCACAGCGGUCAUGAAGAAUCAGGUCGCCAAGUUCAACGAUCUUAGAUUUGUCGGUCGCAGUGGAAGAGGAAAAUCAUUCACUCUAACGAUCCAGAUCAAUACGGUACCGUACCAAGUAGCCACGUACAGCAAAGCUAUCAAGGUUACAGUAGAUGGACCACGCGAACCGAGGUCCAAGUCGAAUUAUCAGUACGGCACGACUUUUCAUGGACUUGGUGGUUUUCUCAAUCCCUGGCUGGAUGUUACGUACUUUCCAUCCUGGCAUUUGCCGCAUCCUGCUUUAGCUAAUGGAGCGGUACCAUCACCCCCCGACUUAUUCAAUCGGGCCUUCUCGCCAAUUCUGACGUAUCCGUUUGAAUAUGUCGGCAAUUAUCCCGAUUACGCGGCGAGUAAUUUUACGACGACCAAUGUGCCGACGACGAACGCGAUGACACCGGUUGUGGCGAUCGCGACGAGUCCGUCCAGAACACCGCCCACCCCUAGCGAAUCUGGCAGCGAGUCCGCGAUUGAAGAGGUCCGAAGCGCCUUCGUGCCACUUCGACACAACACUCUGCCACCGAGCACGUCCUCGUCGUCGUCGUCGCCGGACAGAAACCCCAAAAGACCGACCGAGGGGACGAGAAACGAGUUGAAGGCGCCCACCGAGCUCAUCUCCCAGAAAUUAUCGCCGUCACGGAGGAGUCCGUCGCCAACGAAACUCUCGCCGCCGCCUGCGAAAGGUGUCUGGAGGCCGUAUUCAAGAUCGUAGACCCAAGUAGCAAGAACGAAAAAUCUCUCAAAUAUCUUGGAAGAAGGCUAGUGAAAACGUAUUGCCGUGGUGGUAGACGAAAAAAUUAAUGAUUAAUUCUACGAACGAGCAAGCUUUACGAAAAUUUACGAAUUUUUAUAAGUUUUAUUAUGAAUAAAUAAAAAUCGUAAAAUGCGCGGCAAAUUUUUCAAAUUUGGCGCAUUCAUAAAAUUAAUCAUCACCUUUCUGAAUAACUCUAGCUUUUUAGAUAUAUUCCGAGACGUGUCGAGGACGUUCUUCGUCUACCAUUGCGGACGCGUGUUUCAAGUUUUACAAAUUCAUUGAUGAAUUUUAUAAAUUUUGCUAAACAGAAAUUAUGAAAUUCAUGAUGAAUUUUAUAAAUUUGGACAAAUGUAUACAUAAAUGAAUGUAUAUAUGCCGUGUACAUAGUUCGUGGACAAUAAAGUAGUUACCGCAGAGAGAUAAAGAUUUAUCUACAUUUUGUGUGUUCAUGGAAGUACACGUAUAAAUGUGUAAGUGAAUGAGAAGAAGAAGAAGAGAGAAGGAAGACGAAGGAGAAGAAAGAAAGAGGGAGAGAGAGAGAGAGAGAGAAAGAGACCAAAAAGACAGAGAUAUUGAUAUUAUUUAUAAGUCAGAGUUUUAAUGUAAAUAGAUGGUAGAAACGCAAUGGAAUGAAUAAAAUCGAGAUCCACGUAAGAAAACUUAA